GUUUUCUAGCAUUUAAGUGAAACAUGGCUGCCACGCAAGUUGGAUGUGAGCAUUACGUUCGCAGCUGUUUGUUAAAAGCGCCCUGCUGUGGGAAGUUUUAUGUUUGCAGACUCUGUCAUGAUGGUGAAGAGAACCAUCAAAUGGACCGAUUUAAGGUCCGAGAGGUCAAAUGCGCAGCAUGCAAUUCUAUACAAGAGUCUCAACAGAUAUGUAAAGAAUGUGAAGUGAAGUUUGGGGAGUAUUACUGUGACAUUUGCCAUCUCUUUGAUAAAGACAAGAAGCAGUACCACUGCCAGCCCUGCGGGAUAUGCAGAAUUGGCCCAAGAGAGAAAUACUUCCAUUGUACGAAGUGCAAUCUAUGUUUAGCAACUGAUCUUAAAGACAAUCACAAGUGUGUUGAGAAUGUCUCUAGGCAGAACUGCCCUGUAUGUAUGGAGGACAUCCACACGUCCAGAAUAGGGGCUCAUGUGCUCCCCUGCGGUCAUCUGCUACACAGAACAUGCUUUGAGGACAUGUUCAGAACUGGUGCUUACCGCUGUCCUCUGUGCAUGCAUUCGGCCUUCAACAUGAAGGAGUUCUGGGAAGAGAGAGAUAAGGAAAUUGCCCAGACUCCCAUGCCCACAGAGUACCAGGACACUACAGUCAAGAUCAUAUGCAAUGACUGCCAGGCUCGCUGCACUGUCUCCUUCCACGUGUUGGGCAUGAAAUGCAGCUCCUGUGGCUCUUACAACACUGCGCAGGACGGCGGGCUGAUCGUGGCCCCUCCUGUAGACGCACGACAGUCUGCAGAGCAGACACUUGAAGAAGAGCCCAACACAGAGCACCACGAGUGACGUUUAGGAUCAGAAAUCAUCUCUCAGUUAAGCUUUUAUAGAACACUUAUUUAUAGAAUACAAGCUCUCCUCCCUUCCUGCUCCUCUCUCAAGUCUGUAGAACUGCUCUUAUUUUUCUUGCUUUAUUAAAAAGGAUAAAAACAUAUUUGAGGCUUCUUUAAUUGUACUAUUCCACAUGCAUUUUGUUAUAAAGUAUGUUAAAGGUAAUCCUGUGCUGAGAGGAUAAACUUAAACGAAUCCUCAAUAUCUGUCAAAAACAUCUUUGGUUUAAAUUAAGGAAAUUAUCCUUAAUAUAAUGUAUCAACAUGAGCUCUGAUAUUCAUUCAGGGACAGUGGAUAUCAUUUACGAAUGUUUGUUCAUUUUAAAAUUAUUUAAUGCUAUUUAUUGAUUAAUGCUGGACAA